CAUUAAAAGAGCAAACAUUAAAACACGAGCCCACAAAGCGACAUCCUCCAGUCUCCGUAAGGACAGGACAUAAAAACACCAGCUUGUGCUUUAAAACACACUGCAAAACCACAAACGCUGCACACUGCUGCCUAUAAAAGCAGCACUCUCAACCUUCAAUCGAGACAGUCGCUGCUCGAUUGCUCUGGUCUGACGCAAACAUGGCAGAAUCGGAGAGUAACAUUUCAGUUCCUCACUUGAAAUCUCUUCUGCAAAUGGAUCCCUACCUCAAGCCCUUUGAAAAGGACUUCGAGAGGAGGUAUGGGCUGUUUGAGAAGCAGCUGGCUUUCUUGGAGGAGGCUGAAGGAGGCUUUGAUCAUUUCACUCGCAGUUAUGAGAGUUUUGGCGUUCAGCGGCUGCAGGACAACAGCCUGGUCUUUAAGGAAUGGGCUCCGGCUGCAGAGGCUCUGUUCCUCACUGGAGACUUCAAUGGCUGGGAUAAGUUUUCCCAUCCCUACGCUAAAAAGGAGUUUGGGAAAUGGGAGCUUCACAUUCCUCCGAAAGAGGACAAGACACCUGCCGUCACUCAUAACUCCAAGCUGAAGGUGGUUGUUCACACCAGUGCGGGUGAGCGGCUGUACCGAAUCUCUCCUUGGGCAAAGUAUGUGACCAGGCAUGAGAAGUCCGUCAUCUAUGAUUGGGUGCACUGGGACCCUCCUCAACCUUACAUUCACAAGCAUCCCCGUCCACAGAAGCCCAGGAGCUUGCGGAUAUACGAGUCCCAUGUUGGCAUUGCUUCUCCAGAGGGCAAAAUUGCGUCCUACAGCAACUUCACCCACAAUGUGCUGCCCCGCAUCAAAGAUCUGGGUUAUAACAGCAUUCAGCUGAUGGCCAUCAUGGAGCAUGCCUACUAUGCUAGCUUCGGUUACCAGGUCACGAGUUUUUUUGCAGCAUCAAGCCGUUACGGGACCCCGGAGGAGCUGAAGGAGCUGAUUGACGUGGCUCAUUCUCUCGGCAUCAUCGUCCUGCUUGAUGUGGUGCACAGCCACGCGUCCAAAAACACAGAGGACGGCCUGAACCUGUUUGACGGCUCCGACUCCUGCUUCUUCCACAGCGGGCCCCGUGGAGAACACAGCCUGUGGGACAGCAGACUCUUCAACUACUCCAGCUGGGAGGUGUUGCGUUUUCUCCUGUCGAACUUGCGCUGGUGGAUGGAGGAGUACAAGUUUGAUGGAUUCAGGUUCGACGGAGUCACAUCCAUGCUCUACCAUCAUCACGGCAUCGGAUCUGGAUUUUCUGGGGAUUAUAACGAGUACUUUGGCCUGCAGGUGGAUGAGGACUCUCUGGUCUACCUGAUGUUGGCGAACCAUAUUUUACACACUCUCUAUGAAGACUGCAUCACUAUCGCUGAGGAUGUGUCCGGGAUGCCUACACUUUGCUGUCCAGUCCAACAAGGAGGUCUGGGUUUUGACUACCGCCUGGCCAUGGCCAUUCCAGACAAAUGGAUUCAAAUCCUCAAGGAAUUCAAGGACGAAGACUGGAACAUGGGAAACAUUGUGUUUACGAUGACCAACAGGCGAUAUGGAGAGAAAUGCAUUGCUUACGCCGAGAGCCAUGACCAGGCACUGGUGGGAGACAAAACGCUGGCCUUCUGGCUGAUGGACAAAGAGAUGUACACCAGCAUGAGCGCUUUGAUUCCCAUGAACUCCAUUAUUGAUCGGGGCAUCCAGCUUCAUAAGAUGAUCCGACUGCUUACCCACAGCCUGGGAGGAGAGGGAUACCUCAACUUCAUGGGCAAUGAGUUUGGCCAUCCAGAGUGGCUGGAUUUUCCACGAAUCGGCAAUAAUGAGAGUUAUCAUUAUGCCCGCCGGCAGUAUAACCUGGUGGACAUGGAUCAUCUGCGCUACCGGCAGCUGUACGCUUUUGACCGAGACAUGAACCGCACGGAGGACAACUACGGCUGGCUGGCUGCUCCACCGGCAUACGUCAGUGUCAAGCAUGAGGGUGACAAGGUGAUCGUAUUCGAGAGAGCAAACCUCAUCUUCAUCUUCAACUUCCACCCUUUCAACAGCUACAGCGACUACAGGGUGGCCGUGGGGCCGGCGGGGAAAUAUAAAAUCAAGCUGGACUCUGAUGAGAUCCAAUAUGGAGGCCAUGGCAGACUGGAUCACAAUACUGAGUUCUUCACUGAGGCAAUGGGACUUAACAAUCGGCCAAACUCUAUGAUGGUUUACAUUCCCUGCAGAACCGCUAUUGUUCUGGCCAACGAGGAAAUCGAUUACUGCUACUGAAACACAAUCAGCACGAUGGAAAGCCAGCACACUUCUGUGACUCGACCUACCUCCAUUCACAGCCAACAUCCGUCACAAACCACACGCUCGCCAGCUAACUUCUUCUGAAUAUCUGCCAAUGCCGUUUCCAUUCUCUCACUGUUCACGUUAUAGGUAAAGUUCAGACAAAAAUCAACAUUUGCUGGUAAUUUACUCACCCUCGGUUCAUUCAGGGUGGCCUUUUUUUUCUUCUGAAUAUUAAAUAAUUUGUUUAAAGUUUAAAGUGCUCUUUAGUGAUUUCUAAAAUGUAAGUAAAUAUACAUUUAUAGGCAACACAAAACUAAUACACAUGGCUUUUGAGGACUUAUAAUGCAGUAAUGUUGAAAAUAAUGUUCCAUUUCUUUCACAGACUGAUAAUUUUGCUUUGUAAGACCUUAUUGUGUAAGCCACAUGUAUUAAUUUUGUUAUGCCUGGAUUAUUUUUGUAUUUUUGUUUUGUUUUUUGACUCUCAAAGUUCCACUAUCUAUUGAAUUGCAUUUUAUAAAAUGGCCCAUAUAUUUAUCUAAAAAGUCUCUACUGAAGAAAAAACGGUCUUGAAUGACCUUAAGGUGAGUAAAUUACCAUUAUAAAAUGUAUUUGUUUGGAGUGAACUAUGUCUUUAAACUCUAAUUAUCCAACCUUGAUAUUUUUGCUAGCAAAAUUCACAAAAUUUGUAAUUAAAAAAACACUGAUGGGUUAUCUGUAAUAAUAAAUUCAAGUGAACUUGCUAAUUUGACUAGGGUCAGUAUUAUAAGCAAUAUCUGUGUGCACUGUGUUUAUAUAAAAGUAAAUAUAAUUAAUUUGCAUAGAGAAAAACGUGUUCUUUCUGCGGUUUAAUCUGAAUUUGAAACUACAUGCACUUUUUUUGGAGUACUGUCAGUGUAUAAAUAUUUAUGUGCACUAAAUCAUUCGAGUUUAAAAAAUAAAUACAUAAUGUGAGUGAUGUAUCUAUUAUAUUUUUGAUACACAAAAUCUGUGUGAAUUCUUAUACAAUGUUAUAUUUUUUUCUGACAGACUGUUGUUUAGUGCCUUUAAAAUGUGUCAGUCAUAGCCAGUAUUAUAGAAACACUCCACUUUAUUAUUAUUUUUUGCAACUUUUAGAUCAUUUUACAACUCUCCUAGGGUUUAAACUGUUGAGUUUUACCUAUUUUUAAUACAUUCAGCCAACCUCUGGGUAUUCAGUGGGAGCACUUUUAGCUUAGCUUAGCAUAAAUAAUUGAAUUUGAUUAGAACAUUAGCAUCUCACUCAAAAAAAUUACUAAUUAUUUUGAUCAUUUUCAUAUAUAAAGCUUGACACUUCUUUGGUUUCAUCAUGUACUAAGACAAACAGAAAAGCAAAAGUUGAUAUUUUGUAGGCUGAUAUUUUUAGAAACCAUACUUUUAUUCUGGCAUAAUAAUCAAAAAACUUUGCUGUCAUAACAUGGCUGCUGCAGGUAAAAUGAUAUUACCUAGUGUCUGAAAUAGUUCAUAGCAACAUUCAAUUUUCCAUCAGUCUCAGCACACUAUUUAACUACAGAGGAGUCAAGCUUUAAAUAAGGAAGUUAUCAAAACACUUUGGUCAUUUUUGAGCGAGAUGCUGGGCUGAUCUGAUUCAAUGUUCUAUGGUAAGCGAAAGACCCAGAAAUCGGCUGAAUGGAUUCAAAAGUUGUAACACUCAAUUGGUAAACUCUAGGGAAGUUGUAAAAUGAGCAUAUUUUUCAAUAACAAAGUGGAGUGUUCAUUUAAUUAGACUAAAUUUGACUUAAUUUCUGUAUUAUUGCAGGCAUAAUAAAGCUGAUGCUUACAACAAUUUCUAUUUAAUUUUCUUUUGAAAGACAGUCAUGUAGCUCAGAGAAAGUGUUCAUUCGCUGUCCAACAUGUUAGCAUCUAGUAUCAUAUAUUUUCUUCUUUCUCUUUAUUAUGAACAGCUUUUCCAGCCUUUAUACAGAGUGUUUGUGUGAGAAUAAGAGAUAAUUAUUAUAAUCCAGAAGAUUCUCUUUAAAUCAUCAUAGGACAUGUGUCACUUAUUAUCCUCGUCUUGUUGUUUUGUGGUUCCAAGAAUCUAGAUGUAGCCUCAGUGAAUUUGAUGAAUUCUUUUAGAUGUACAGCACUUGGUAGCAAAAUCUAUUUGCAUUAUACUGGGAAAACAGCUUUCUAGAAAGCAUCUUAAAUGAAGGAUCAUCUUCACUGUGAUAAAUACAGCAGCUAGUGUUGCUUGUAUGUAUAAUACAGGAAAAGCAUUCAAAAGCAGUAAAAUUCUACUGCUUGUGAUGGUCAACACAAGUUGUGUGCAAAGUGAAACACUGUGUAAUUUGUGUGAAAGCCGUACUGAAAUAAAGCACUUCUAGAAAAAA